AUGUCUGAAAUCAACAUUAAACGUCUCCCAGCUCCCCCAUCAACGACACCAGAGACAAAUCAACAACCACAACAGCUCGCUGUUUGGUUUGUGCUUGUUGGAUUCAAUAACAAACACCUUUAUUCUGUUAUAGCCUGGAGCUGUAGUGGAAAACUUCCAGAAUUCACCUCUUGA